AUGAGGUCCGGCGGCUGGCUUUCGCUCUCUUUCGCCGUCGGGCUUUAAGUUUGAUGGUUAUCGCAAAGUUUCGUCUAAUUUGCUUUCGAUUCCUUUGUCGAUCGGCUCUCCAUAAUUCAGACGAACAAAGUUUUUCUUCGGGAUUGAAAGUGACCGUCGAGGUUUUGUAAAGAAACCUAUCGAAAGAAGCAUGUUUGAAGGGAAUUUGAAACAUCACAAUAGUUGAGUUGCUCGUAAAGAUCAAAGUUCAAAGAGCCACUAGACAAACUUUAUUCGGGGUUUUUGAAACCCUGCUGAAUAGAGGGUCUUCAGAACAUUUUUAACAUUUUUUGAGUGCAUUCAGAUAAUUGAAAGAAUAUUCCGGGAAAGUUGGCCAUAGUUUUCAAUAAAAAUUGAUGAAGGAGGAACCUGCGAGUGUCUUUUUGGGAUAGGGCGAAUGAUCUCUUUUUGGAUUUUUUUUUGAAUAUACAUAUCCAGUAUAUUCAUUUGGUUUGAAAAUCUCUUGAACUUAUUUAUUUAACAAGAAUAAUUUGAGUUCACAGUUUGGGCUCCUAAUAAUUGGAAAUUUCAAAUCUAGAGACAGUUUUGCAAAAGAGGGAUCGAAAAUAUCGGCUAUUAGUACGCAUCACAACUUCGACGUUUGCCCUUUGGGUAACAUUUUUUUUAUUGGUUUAGGUCUUGGACUGUCGCUUUCACUUUUUUCCAGAACAAGGCGGCCUUCGAAGCAUCGUCGAGGAAAAAGAGGAGGGUUUUGGGCGGGCCGACCGACGUCCAUCGACAGAAAGCGCUGACCGAACGGGAGACUGACGAAUAUCCUCUUCACUAUCGAAGAGCGAGAUCGGCUGUCCAGUGUACCCUAUGUACGUCGAGCUUAAGCGCUUCCUCCUGUUUAUCCUGUACACCAGCGCGCUUUUCUUUUCCGUCCCUCUGUCGUUGUUCGUCUGGUACGUCCGUCGCGAGUUCAUCAAGGAAACUUCUGUCGCCGGCGGCAACCAGGUACUUUAAUUCUGGUUUUCCUUGUAAUGAAUUAGAAAAGUUACAACAAAAAAUUUGUUCACAUAUUCGGCCAUUAGCUUGAUAUUGUUGAGAAUGACUUCACUUCUUUUAAUACUCUCAUAAAAAGGUUCUUUUCCGUGUGGCUCGAGCCAGAGAUCUUUUUAGAAUUUCUCACAUUUUGAACUACGGUGGUGAAACUUUUUUGACUUCAGAAAAUUUAAUUUUUUUGCCUAAAUUUUUGCUAUAUCAGUGUAAAUUUGAAAGAUUAACGUGACUCCAUUAUAUCGGGGAAAAAGUGAUGGUAGAAAUUUAUUUCUAUUGGAAGCCCUCAGGCGGAGAAAAUAAUUGACCACGAGUUGAAAAUAUUUUGUACAGUCAGCUAGAAAAUUUUCGUGUAGAGUGUAAAAUAUCCCACGUGUAUUUUUAAAGAUCUGACAGAAAGAAAAGUUUUAUCGUUCAUUGAGGUUUUCCUGGCUUUCCUACACCUCAACAAAGGCGUUUAAAAACGCUCCUUUUAAGUCGUUUUGCCAUAAAACUUUAUGAAUUUGGGUAUUAUUAUUAUUUUGAAAGUUCUUAUUUUGCGCCUAUAUUCGUUUCAAAUCAACACAUUUUUUACAGCUUGGUGGCCUUGCGUGUGAUAAAAAAAGAAGAAAAAGAAGUAAACUCGACAGUCCCAGCUCUCAGCACGUCCUUCCAGCUCCGCGUCGACCAUUAAGGUCUUAUUUUGAAUCUUCACUAUGUUAUUUUUCAAUGGGUCCGUCCUUCUCUGAAUGUUAGUUUUUUUUAUCUGCAGAGAGUCUGCGCGACUAACCUCAAUAAGCCACUAGGGAGGAAGAUUUUGAGACAAGAUUAAAUUUAUUAUUGAUUUUUGAAAUUGAAAGAUCAUGAAUCCAACUGCCUCAUUGAUCCGAUUGGCUCUCACGAAAUUUUUGGAGUAAACCUUAUUUUUUUCCUGAAUUUUUUUAGCGGAGACGAUUUUUUUAUAAAUUUCUCCGUUUUUUUAGGAACAGGUUCAAAUAGGUUUUUUUAACCAAUAUACGCUCAGAAAAAUUUCGAAAAUUAAGUUGAAAUUUUUUUUUCAUUAUUUGUUUUUAAUCUAAUGUUAUUAACCUUUUCCCGAAACUGAUUAAUUUCGAUAUUUUCAAAAAGAUCAUUAAAUCGCUCAAUUAGCUUUGAUAAUUUUUUUGAGAGCCCUGCUUUGAAAAAAAUUUUUGCUGCUCAGAGUUCGAAGAUCUAUCAACAAAAAAAUCUUUUAAAAAAAUCCCCAAGAAUGAAUCGAUUUUUUUAGGUGUGAAAUCGAUUUUUUUCAACGUUGAAAAAUCUAAUUGACCAUGAAAAUGAACUUACAGUUUUAACCUGAAGAAAUCAUUGUAAAUUCUUUUGGUAAAAUUUGUUAAUAGGAGGAAUUUUCGAGUCUUUUUUGUUCCUGCCUCAUUCGAUUUGAAAUUCUGGAUAAAGGAAACUUUGAGGUAUCAGUCUCACCGAUCUGUAGGUGGAUCUUGUUCCGUUCCGAAUUUCAUUUCUUUUCGCUAGCCAGUUUGGUGGAACGUACUCGAUCGGAGAGAUCCCUAUCGAGCUCAAGACUCGCUCCCGCAUUUUCACUUUCCCACCUCCUUGAGGUCUCCACAACCCCUCCGUCUCUCUACAUUUCAGUUAAGAAUGUUCUUUUCUUCCGAUUAGCCCCGCCCCUUUUAUACGGCCACUGCACUUUUGCAUUAGGCUCGCACUUUCAUUUGGCUUUGACAAUUCAAUUUUUCUUGAAAAAUUUGUUUGAGUCAAGAUUUCAUUUAGAAAUUUUUUGAAUUUCUUCUUUUUUUUUCAUUCUCAACUUCCUGCUUCCUUUAACAUAUCCUUUCUCCAGAUGCAAGUGGUCAUCAUUCACCCCGAGCAAUGGAACGGCGGUUCCGACCGCUGCACUGUUGCUCUAAUGCGCCAUUUCGUUUCACAAGGCCAUCAGGUAAACUUGAAAAUGUUAUAUUUGAUUUUGAAAAUAAUAAAUGGUUUACAGGUCGUUUGGCUAACAACAAUGAUUGAUGAAUAUUGGAAGGACCAUAAGUUCGAGGGUGUUGGUGAGUAACGUCAAAAUUUUCUUCUUGAAAAGCUUGGUUCAGAAAUUCGAGACAUUGGGUUGAAACUUCAUCCCGGUGAUUGGUGGAGCCAAAACGUCGCUUUAGGAUGGCACCUGAUUUUCAGCAACUUGCAGCCAGACAUGGUCGUUGUUGACCAUUCGGCCAGGUCUUUCGAAAUUCCAAAUUUUUUCAUGAAGGUUGAACUUAUAGUUGUGUGCCAAUGAUCAAAUGGCGCUUCCCGUCAUGCAAGAUUCUCUUUUACUGCCAUUUUCCUCAACAGCUCGUCACCCCUUCGCGUUUCUUUUUGUAUCGGUUUGAAAUCCCGGAAGAGAGACAAUAUGCUAAUAUCCGCAUUUCAGUUGGUACGCCAACAUGAUUGGCUUAAUUGAAGAAGAACUUUUUGCUCGAAUUGACACAAUAAUGGUCAACAGUAACUUCACAGGUAAAUCUCACAUCUUCUUCAUUAAAAUUAGUCGUUUUUUUUAGCAAAAACUUUUUCCAAAGUUAUGCCAGCAAUCGAAAAAAGCAAAAUUCGAGUGGUAUACCCUCCAUGUGACAUCGAUUGGAUCGUGAGCGACGUAAGAUUUUUUCUAACUUUUUUUAAAGUCUCAAACUUUCCAAUUUUGCAGUCCGCACGGGCCGUUAGCCGAAAAGACCGCAAGCAAAAUGAGCUGUACACUUUCCUCUCAAUCAACAGAUUCUGGCCAGAAAAGCGAUUGGACAUCAUCGUCGAAGCAGCUUGUAAAAUAGUUAAAGAAAUAAUUAAUUUAUCUUUUUCUUUCAGCAAUUCUCAAACGUCGCGGUCACAAGUUGUCAGUUCAGUUGGCUGGAUCAGUUAUGCCUCACAUUCCAGAAAGCCGAAUCUAUUACGAAAUCUUGCAGAAAAUGACUCAAGUGCGACUUUAAUUACUUAUACCGAGAAAAAAAAGUUUUCAGGAUCUUGACGUUUCUGACGUCGUGACUUUCAUUCCGUCUCCUUCUGACAAAGAAAAAUUCGACCUUUACCAUCAAUGCGACACGGCACUCUACACGCCGCCAAACGAACACUUUGGGAUCGUGCCCAUUGAGGUAAUUCAAAAUAUAAAGUUUCAUAUAAAGUUUCUAGGAUGAAAUAUAAGGCUUCCUCGGGCGAUUUUCGCGCCUUCUGGAAACUAUUGCUUGUGAUUGAAAUAAAAUGAUUUAGGCAUAGAAAAUCCUGAAAAUCGAAUGCCCGAUGAUUUUUAAAAGAACAGCCAGAAUGAAAAAAAUUCAGGCUCUUGAUCAACGUCGUCCAGUCAUUGUAUGUGACAGUGGCGGUCCAGCUGAAACUGUUCUUGAAGGCGUCACCGGCACAAAAGUAAAAGAAAAAAAUGAUCAAAAAAUUCUCAGGAAAAAAGUUCAGAUAGCCACGCCGAAUGGAGAGCUUCUAGCCGAUGCCAUGCUUCAGCACAUGAAUCGUAGUGAUUGGCCCGAACUCGACUGUGAUAAGGGUUACCUGAAACAGGUAAGUUACUUAAUAUUUUUUUGACAUCCGUCUUGAUUUUCAGCGCGCCAGAUUGGAGCGCGAGUUUUCAACUCGAGGCUUCUGCGCUCACAUUGACGACGCGGUUGCCCAAAUGUUUGGAACCACUAUAGUGCCCCAGACAAUCAUUACAAACUCGACGAACAUCAAAAAUCCUCGACGUGCCUUUGCUUGA